GUUAGGUAUUGGUUUCCGGGGGAAGUCGGGAGUGGGUUGAGUCUUUUGCUGGGGUCUGCUGGAGCCUGCUGGUGCUUGGCGACCUCCAGCAGGACCUGGAGCCUGGUGACUUUCUGUUGAGAUUUGACCCUCUCAGCUGGUCUCUUCUGGAGGCUUUGCUGACCCCCCCCCCCCCCACAUUGAGUCCGGCAGCUCAGCUGGUCCCUGUUAAUUCAGCUCUGCCUGUGGUGGGGGUCUGCUGGUAGCUAAUCGCCUCUGCUGGACGUGAAAUGAAACCCAGGUUUCUGGUGGCCCGCUGUGAGCUCUGAUCGCCCUUCCCGGCGUCUGCUGGUGGCUAAGUUGGUCUCUGCUGGUGUUGAGUGUGGGAGCAUGGCAGUACUGGAGAGGUUUGAGCCGGCGGCCUAUGCCCCUCUCUGCAUGACCUCCAUCAUGACACUUACUGUCUCCCUGGAGGUGGUAUAUGUCAUCCUCACCGACCCACACUUGGCCCCUGCCCCCUCCGUGGAUAGGACAAGGUCUAGUUUGGAGCCAGAGCCCUGGGGGACACCUCGUACCGUGGCCAGCCCUGGUCGGGCUUUGGGGAUGUGGCAGAUAAUCCACCUUACCUUCCUAGCCUUCGUGCUGGGCAACGUGCUGGGAAACCUCUGCUUGUUCAUCCGGAGGAACCCCAGCAUCCGCGGAGUGUUCCUGGCCAACCAGGCGGUGGGACAGGGCUGGAGCUACUGCUUCCUGUGCGAGAGCCACGUGCCCCCGCGGUGCUCGCACUGCCCCGACUGCAAGGUGUGCGUGCUCCGCCGGGACCACCACUGCGUCCUCUUCGGGCAGUGCGUGGGCCACGCCAACCACCGCUUCUUCCUCUGCUGCCUCCUCCACAUGUGGCUGGGCCUCCUCUACGCCAUCUCCCUCAACGCUGACAUCUUCCUGGGCUUCCUGCAGGAAGGGCCCUCCCUGCACAGCCUGUUCCUCCUCUUCAUUCCCUGGGCCAUGCUGGUUACAGGCCAUGUGGGCAUCCACACCUUUGCAUUUGCCUUCGUGGCGGACACGUGCAUCCUGGGCUUCCUCUUCGUGUCCGCCUUCCUGUUCUUCCAUCUGCGGCUGCUGUGGCGCGGACAGACCACGCGGGAGUGGAGCACCGGCCUGAGCGGCCUCUACGACCUGGGCUGGUGGCAGAACGCGGUGGAGCUGCUGGGCCGCCGGUGGUACCUGGCCUGGCUCUGCCCGCUGGUGCCCUCCCCGUUGCCUGGCAACGGGGUGACCUUUGAGACCAGGCCACUCCCGGCACAUCAGCCCACCAACACGUACUGAGAGAUCUCCCACCCCAGCCACCGUAGAUGACGUGGACCUGAUCUCUGAGAAGGAGGCUCCUUCAACGUCGCCCCGCACGACCUCCGCUCGAGUCGCCGUGGACGCACGGACUCCCGCCCGAUGGCUUCGUGAGGAAACUGCCCUACCCCCCCCUCCCACCCCCUCAUGGUCCCUGGACACCGCAGUGCCUCGCACGGUCCCGGACGAUUGGAUGAUGGCCGUGAGCCUGCUGCCCGUCCCCGCCAGGAAAUAUCGCAGGGAAGGCUUUUCUUCAUAGCAGACCCUCCAUGCCGUACUCCUGGCCUGUUUACACCCUCGAGGGAGGCGGGAGUGAGUCCAUUCGGCCCUUUGGGACUGUUCCACCAUCCGCUGCGAUCCGGACUGAUCGCGAGUUCCACGCUCUCAGCCUGUCUGUCUUCAGAGUUGGAAGUAAAUUUAUUAUCAAAGUUCCUGCUGUAGUUACCAUGUGCCACCUGCAGAUUGGCGUUCCUGCAGGCAUUUACAAGAAAAUAAAAGAAAUGCAAUAGAGUCUUCAGAAAGAAACUUGACGUAAAUAAGGGCUAACAGCGUGGAAAUGGGAGACAAGCUGUGCAAAUAAAAUAACAGAGAGAACGUGAGUUCUGAAGCCUCUUGAAGUGUGUGUGUAGGUUACAGAAUCAGUGCCGUGCUGUGGUGAGCGAAGUUAUCCCCGCCGGAGACUUAGUGAGGUGUGCCAUUUACACUGACGGCCAGCACACCCCCACGCGUGUCGACCACGCGCCCCGUAAUGCCCGUUCCUGAACCUGGUGGCGUGGGGCCUGAGGCUGCACGAAGGUGGCAGCAAGAAGGGAGCAUAGCCUGGACGCUGGGGGUCACCGGUGACGGGUGCAGCCUCCUCGCGGCCGCACUCCGUGUAAACGUGCUGAGCGGUGGGGAGGGCUUUGCCUGUAAUGGACUGGGUGGCGUCCACCGUUUUCUGCGGGCUUCUCCGUUCCUGGGCAUUGGGAUCUCCUGCGGUCAGAAAACUCUCCACUGUUUUGGUCUUGGUGAUAUCCCAAAACUUCACAAGCUUUUAAGAACGUAGAGGUGCUGCCGCAUCUCCUUUGCGAUGGCACGCGGCGUGCUGGCCCCAGCACAGCUCCGAGGAAUUUAAAGCUCGUGACUCUCUCCACCUCCGGUCCUCAAAUGACGACUGGCUUCUUCCUCCUGUAGUUGAUCACGGGCGUUUUGGUCUGGCUGGCAUUGAGCGAGAGGUUGUUGUUGUGGCGGUGCUUGGCCGGAUUUUCAGACCCCCUCCCGUACGCUGAUCCGUCGCCCAGCGAGGGCGGUGCUGUCAGCAAAUUUCACAAUGGCAUUGGGGCUGUGUUACAGUCAUAGGUGUAAAGCAAGUGGAGCAGGGGGUGCCUGAGGACGCAGCCUGUGCCGACGGAGAUUGCAGAGCAGACGCUGCUGCCGAUCCGAACUGACUGGGAUCUGCCGGAGAGGAAAUCCAGCUGCACAGGGAGGUUCCGAGGCCCGGAUCUCGGAACGCCCGGAUGAAUUUCAAGGGAGUGGUGAUGCUUUCAACGCUGUUUUGCACAUAGGUUGUUUGUCUGGCCCCUGCACAUGUAGCACCGGUGUGGAUCCCCAGCUGUGGGUAAAUAGCCCCACUGCCUCGGGAGUAAAACCCAGACAGCAGAUCCGGAGCGGAGCCCCGAAGGCGGCUGGACAUCACUGAACAUCCCCCCGGCAGAUCCUGUGGCCGAGCCGGUGACAAACGUAUCGCUUCAUUAGCUUUCCUUCGGACGCCACCGGUGAGGCCGAGAGGGGGAUCUUGACGACUGGGGCGUCUCAGGAUCUCCACACUGUCCGUCCAGGCUGGUGUUGAUGAUCACCCAUUGUCCUUCGAGACGGACAGAAGCUUUAUGUGCAGCUUUCCAUUGAUUCUGUGGUUUAUCUUUCUAUUUACCGUCAAUGCCCACAAGAAAGCGGAUCUCAGGGUAGUAUAUGGUGACAUUUACAUACUUUGAUUAUAAAUCUAUAAUCAAGUUAUUUACUGGUAAAAUGAAUUUACUUUGAACUUUGAUCGCCAGUGCUGUGAAGCGUUGCGCCAGCCGUUCCACCCAGUGAGUUCCAGAGAUCGAACUCUGGUUGGGUCACCGAGGUAGUGCCACAUUAUUACAGUGCGUGCGUUCUUCCCGUGGCCGUCUGGGUGCUCCAGUUCCCCCCCCCACUCUC